CUCCCUCUUUCUUCCCCAUGUAAAACCACACCACUUUCCAUCUCUGCUUGCCGCCAUGCACACACACUACACGGCACACGCACUCUUCACACUCUGCUUCUUCCAUUCCUAUUCUUUCCUUUUUUUUUCUUCUUCCUCACAUUAAAUUACACGCUUCUGUUGAUCCAUUCCUCUCUCUCUCUCAGUUGAACGCUCAAAUUCUCUAUUUUGCGGUUUAAUCCAACAGAAUUGUGCCUUUUUUUUAAUUAGGGUUUAAGCAUUCAAAACCUUUUCAUCAAUUCCGACUAAUCCGAUCUCACUAGUUAACCCUCUCGACUGAUUUAAACCCCAAUUGAGAUCGUAUUUGAACUGACACACACUUCUCACAAAAAAAGGGGGAAAGGAAUUUGCAGAAUGCAGCACACAAAAUCAGAAUCCGAUCUAGCAAGCUUAGCUCCGUCGUCGCCGUCGCGAUCUCCGAAGAGGCCGGCGUACUACGUGCAGAGCCCGUCGUCGUCCAUGCACGCGACCCCCAAUUUCACGAGCCCCAUGGAGUCCCCCUCCCACCCCCACUUCGGCCGCCACUCCCGCAACUCCUCCGCCAGCCGAUUCUCCGGAAUUUUCCGCUCCUCGUCCGGCCGCAAGGCCGGGGCCGCCCGCACCAAGCCCAACGACAAGGGCUGGCCCGAGUGCCAUGUCAUCGUCGAGGAGGGGAAUUACGACGAUGACAAGGCCUGCACGCGCCGUUGCCAGGUGUUAUUAGCCUUGUUCGGCUUUGUUGUGUUGUUUACCGUCUUCUGUUUGAUCAUCUGGGGCGCCGGGAGGCCUUUCAAGACCGAGGUUUCUGUCAGGACCUUGAUGGUCAGCAACAUGUACAUGGGCUCGGGUGCAGACUUCACUGGUGUUCCAACGAAGAUGCUGAAUGUGAACGGCUCCUUGAGGAUCAGUGUGUACAAUCCUGCAACAUUCUACGGCAUUCAUGUCACUGCUACACCGGUCAAUCUCUUCUACUCGGAAGUCGUUGUUGCAACAGGGGAGCUGAAGAAAUACUAUCAACACCGGAAAAGCCACAAGAAUGCGGUGGUGCACAUAGAGGGAACCCGAGUCCCCUUAUACGGGGCUGCAUCGAAUCUGAUAGUUGAAGAUGGUGGUGCAGUUCAGGUCCCACUGACGUUGGAGUUUGAAGUGAGGACGCAAGGCGAUUUGGUCGGGAAAUUGGUGAGGACAAUGCACCGGAGAAGAGUGUCGUGCCCACUGAUCCUCGAUUCAACGAGGAACAAGCCCAUCAGGUUCAACAAGGAUGAUUGCACUUACAGCUGAAGUAACCUACUUGAACCACAUUUUGUAUACUACUACUAUUCAACUUGUAACAGUGAAAGCAAUAUUCUUUUUUUUCAGUUGUGAAAAUAGGAAAUGUGAAGGUUGUGGUAACAGUUGUAUCCUGUAUAAUGAUUAAUGUGCCAACAAAUUCAGUUUAGUUGAAAGCAA